UAAGAAGAUUGGAACCCAAACCUUUAACUUUCGUUUGUUAUUUGCUAUUUCCUUAGUUAUUUUCUUUGAGAGUUCUUUGCGCUUUAUUCCUUUUACGAGAAAACCCUAAAAACACCAUCCCUACGUCACAUCACCGUAAUCGUUGGUAUUAGAGCCCCGUUAAUGUUCUGAGUAUCUCUAUUGGCGGGAGAAGCUGGGCAGGUAAUCUGGCAACUCCGGCAGUCUGCCAGGACGAGGUUUACCCUCGGGGGUUUCGAUCCAGCAGUCUGUGCGCUACUCGAGCCAUGUUCGGUCCUUCCAUCAAUACUAGGUUUGCCGCCUCCAGCUGAUGAUGCGACAACCGAGGAGCUAAUCCUAGUUCCGUCCCCGUCAAGCUUUGCGCAACUAACUAUCGCACCCGAGAUAGCCAUGAUCAACGAGAAGGAAGAGGACCCCGUGGAUGUUGUGCUUCCGUGUUCAAGCGAGCCACCUGAGCUCGACGAAGAAGCACCACCCGUUCAUGGAUUCGUCUACCUUUGUGGACCGGAUUGCCGCAGAACGUCCACCAUCAUCACCAUUCAUCUUUGGCGCUGCUGUAGACGAAAAGUUAGCGACAUUCGUGGCCGCUCGCCCAUCAACCGGAGAGCUAGCCCUAGCUCCAACGACCACCGUCAUUCAUCCAUCAAUCGUGAACAAACCUGCACCUGUGAUCAUCAACACUAUCAACAAUGAUGGCGAUGGCGCAACAAUUCCGCUAAACAUGAACACCGAAGUUUGCCUCAUCACGGGGAGAUUGGCUACCGGAGAAAGAGGAGGAAAGGAGGAAUCAAAUCGUCAAAGCCAUAAACUGAACCGACCAACAGGGGCGACAAGGGAUUCACGUUGAAGGAUGGUGGCAUCACUGGAAAGAACCCGGAACGAGAGGAGCAUAGGGUUGGAAGGGAGGAUCACGUGCAUGGCACGGAAAAAAAAGCCGGUAUGGAGUGUCGAAGAGGCCUUAUUUUGGACUCAUUUUGGAGGAUCGUGAUUUCGGAGAAGAGACCAAAGCAACCUUGGUCACGGAAUCAUGGGCCGCGCUGGAUUUGAAAGGAAGGGAGAGUCUUUAUUUUGCAGCGAAGGUGUUCGAUGUUAGGAUUGGAAGCAAGGUGAACGUUUGGAAGUGGCGGGCGUGGGAUCGUGAAGCUUCUUAUACUCGAGCUAUUUUGACUAACAUGAAAUUCGUCGCUACGGGUUCUGAACGGCGAACAUUCGACUGGGAAAGGAAGUGCAAGCAGUCGGCCAAGUGUGCAGGUGAGAAUGGGGAGAUUCAAAAUGACUUCAACAUUUGGAGAGAUGAUUGUGUUGGUGUCGUAUCUGUGGUAUCCUUGAUGAGAAGUUUAGCAUCAAAAUCACCCUGGGGAAGCUAUGAAACCGUCGUAGAAGGAGAACCGCGAGCAUCCACAGAGGGCCGACUGGGAAGCUCGAGUCGAUCGGCUGAAUCGGUGGCUGCCCUUGGUGACGCUAUGGUAGACUCUUCGGGGGGGGGGGGGGGGGGGGGGGAGGAUUGCGCGCGUGGGACGACGUAUCGGAUGGAGUUUAGGUUGAGGGACGAAACGGCGAGGGUUCCUAGCGUACUCACAGCGUCCUCUAGGCCAUCAUCGACAGUGAAAUCCUCAAUCGAAGACUAAAGGGUGUUUAAUGAC